CAACGAGGUAAGAUUCCAGAUCUUACAUGGUCGCUGUUUCGCCAUUUCUAAUGUCUUGUUGAUCGUCUUGCGGUUCUGUGCAGCCGUACUUACCUACGUAACUUUUCUUUUUCCAUAUUCCCAAUUGAACAUGCUAUCACUUCGCGCCAUCCAACGUGCAACGCCAAAACUUCCCGCACACUCAAGAACUAUUCAUAGAUCCUUUGCAUCUACAGCUCGCCUAGAUGCAGACUUCACACACGCUGUGAUAGGUGGUGGCGUUGUGGGACUUGCCAUAGCCCGUAAAUUGCAGUCUCGGCCCUCAACCUCAACAGUCCUGAUAGAGAAACAUGGAACCGCGGGUACAGAGACAAGUUCACGGAACAGCGAAGUCAUACAUGCAGGAUUGUACUAUGGUCCCUCGUCUCGAAAAACCAAACUCUGCAUCAGAGGCAAAACCUUGCUGUACGAUCUCUGUACCCAACAAGGCAUUCCCCACCGCAAUACAGGAAAAUGGAUUGUAGCACAAGACGCCGAGCAAAUGGAGGCUUUGGAAAAUGUUCACGACUUUGCCCAGAAUAUCGGUGUACCGACAAGAUUCUUAAGCAAACAAGAGGCAGCAACAAGAGAACCCGAGGUCCGCGCCGAAGCAGGCGUCCUUGAGAGUCCCAGCACAGGAAUCAUAGACUCCCACAGCCUGAUGCAGUACCUCGAAGGCGACUUUGAAAACAAUGGCGGAAUCUGCGCCUUCAACUCCCCAGUCACCCGCAUCACGCCGAUAGAUUCAGGCCGCAGCGGCUGGGAAAUCACAACCACAACCGCUGAAGAAACAAGCACCAUAACAGCAGAAACCCUCAUCAACGCCGCAGGCCUCUACGCCAUCCCUCUCGCAAACACCAUCUUGCCUCCUUCACGCCAGAAAACUGCCUUUUACGCAAAAGGAUCCUAUUUUUCAUAUAGCAGCUCCCGGCCGCGCACAUCCACGCUCAUCUAUCCCGCUCCUAUACCAGGCCACGCGGGGCUGGGCACACAUCUGACGCUCGACCUCUCUGGCCGCAUCCGCUUCGGGCCGGACGUCGAGUGGACAGAUUCGCCCUCGGACUACACUCCGAACACCAAGAACCUAGCGGCCGCUAUUGCAGACAUCAAGACGUAUCUACCGGGUGUGCAGGCCGAUGCCAUAGCCCCGGAUUACGUGGGUAUACGGCCCAAGCUGGGGAAGCUGGCGGCGACGAAUGGGGGUAAAGGGUUUCAGGAUUUUUAUAUAGAGAAGGAGGGAGGGUUUGAGGGGUGGGUUAACCUGUUAGCGAUUGAGAGUCCGGGGUUAACGAGUUGUUUGGCCAUCGCGGAGGAGGUGGAAGGGUUGUUGUAUCGGUGAUUCUUUAUUGUUGUUCAUCACUAUCUGAUUUUCUUAUAGUUAUCGGAUUUGUGUGCAUGUUUAGAAAACUUUGUACGAAUGCGAAUGAAUAUAACUGAUAGUUUUGGGAAAUUGAUCAUGUCCUAUAUACCAAGCAUAAAAAAUGAGUUGAACAACAUUUCUAAUGGUGAACAACCCUUGUUAUCCAUGCAUUA